ACACCAAGUUACAUACAGCCUCACUAGCUUAUCGACAACAAAUUGCAUACAGCCUGUCCAGCUUACUCACAACGGGUUACAUACAGCUUGUUCAUGAAUUGGCUGUAUGUGAAUUGGUGUCAUACGUAUUGCUCGUACGACAAAGCCCGAUCGUUUAUGAUUAUACGCAGUUUAUGUAGAUUGCAGCUGAUAGCAGCUAGCUUUUGCGCAAGCACAAAAUUAGACCACCUGCGACCACUCCGACCUCUUCCAGAUAGGUGGCGGUAUCCUCAAAUUCAUCAACACUAGCCAAGAUCACACACGACUUAUCGUACGAUCAAUCGUACGAUAACGCCUACCCAUGAAAUUUUCGCUCUCAAGUUGUCUCAAGUUAACUAGCCAUAAUUGGUGUAGGUGUCUGAAGGCUGUAUCUUUAUGAAACGUCUCUGUAUCUGAGGUGGUUGAUGGAAAUGUGGGCAUCCCUUUCUUGUAGUCCUGGCAGGCAUAGCUCACCCUCCUCCGAGCGUGAAGCUUAACACGCACGUGCUGUGUGACAGCCAGGCCAGACCUCUCUUACUUGGACGGCACAGCCGGGGGCCCCAGGACGGCCUCGGCAGCUUACGCAUACAGACAUCGCUCAUAAAACGAGCUUUACGUAUCGCCGUGUUACAAACAGACGAGCCAGAAGUUAUACUCAACUACGGGCGGAGCGUUGAAUCCUGAGACGGGGUGAGAAGCUGUGUGGGUCUCAGGUGGAGAAGGAAGUUAGAACAUACGCCGUAACCUUACGUGUACGCUGUCCGCAGUGCGGGCUGAAACUGGCUUUCAGUAUGGCCUGAUACUGCUGCGGACAUGGUGAUGUAAAUCGCUAUGGAGGAGUACACGGUUACCUGGGUCCUUAUCACCUUGGUAUGUGGGCUAUGGGGGGCGGACGCUGUGCUCGGGAAUACGGUGUGCAGACCAGCUCAGGACUGCGGGGAUUGUCUGCUUCCAGGCAGAGAUUGCAGGUGGUGCGACCACAUUAACGCAUGCGCGCUGGUAGCGGACCCCAUGGAAGAUAUGAAGAACUGGACAGCGAACAAUUGUUCCUACACGGCUAUCAACACCUCAUCGUUGUGUCCCCGACGGGAUUUACCGACCACUACACCAACCACUACCCCCAAGAAAUUAAAAUGUUCGGCCGCACGUGCUGUUCUCCCGGAAGAGGAAUGUGAUGAAUCAGUCCUAGACGAGGAGGCAGAUCGCCGAGGCUCCAUUAUGGUGAUAUUGCCCUUGAUAUCAGCUCUGCUUGGCGUUGGAACCUUUUUCGUUAUGGUGUUUAUUUGGAUACGGUGUUUCUAUAACAGAAAAGUUCACGAAAGGGGAAGUUCGGAAGGUAUCACAGAAAUGACUGAUCUGCAUACCGCAGAAGAGCCUAACGCAGAGCGGCGACAAAACGGAAGCUAGCGGCAAAACUUCAUUAUAGUUCUCGGUUAUCCUCGGGGAUGUAUGGUUAUGAUCGGAAGUUGUUUGUCAUCCUCGAUGAUGUUCGGUUAUUAUUGGAAGUUGUUUGUCAUCCUCGAUGAUGUUCGGUUAUCAUCGAAAUUUGGUUGUCAACAUCAGUGAUGUACGGUUGUCAUCGGAAGUUGCCUGUCAUCCUCGGCAAUGUUCAGUUAUCAUCGGAAGUUGUUUGUCAUUAUCGGUGAUGUACGAUUAUCAUUCAGUUUAUCAUCUUCAGUGAUGUACAGUUUCUAUGCCUUCUAUAUGUUAAGUCGGUCAAAUCCAUUUAGACAUUUAAACAUUUUUCUAGACCAAAAUUCACAACUGAUCUUCCCAAGUAUAACAUUCAAUGUAUUGCCGGCAAAACCCAAUCAUUUUCUCUUCCAAGUUAGUUUCUGUUUGGCCAUGAGAAAGUUUUUUCAAUCUUCGAAGUCUAUCGCUCUUCCAUAGCGUAAUAUGACACUUGAGUCGAGAGAUUCAAACGUAAAUAGAUUAUGCACCUUGGAGGCUACAAACAUUAAUUAUUAUAAUUUGCGCUUUGGAGCUUUUUGUUGGUAAUCAUACUGGACAUUAAAGAAUACAAGAAAAGGAACUACGAAGCAAAGAUUAUGUUUCUGUGCCAAAUGAAGAAAAUUGUGUCCUGAAAUUUUUGUUAAAAAAAUCAUUUUAGGGGCAUUUUUAUAUUUUAUUUAUUUUAUAUUAUGUAUAUUUUCCGUCAACGGCCGGAUUUUUUUUCAGAAAUUACGUCAUUGUUGAUCUUGCUCGGAAGUCGGCGGUCACCCCUGAAGUGCCCCGAGCCCGAUGAACCGUGUCCCUACAGUGUGGGCAAGGUGACAUUUACACAAAUACUUCUCUUACUUCUUCGGGCUCGCUUGGCGUCCUCUCCGCCCCCUCCCCCGCUACACCCGCCCCCAUUCGGCCGGUUCCACACACACGGUCAUACCCGUUUGGUCUGUCCCCGACAGUUUUUUUUAACAUGUAUUAUUGUUGACGUCACGGUUGCAAGCUAUUUAAUUUCCGGACUGACCACUUGGGCCUAAAGAAAACUGUACUUUGAAGCCCCUCAAGGUGAAAGGUGAAAAAUUUGUUUGUGCUGUUAUACGUUAUCACACGUGAUAUUCUGCACAUAAAGAAAUAAAAGCAAAGCAUUUCAUGUAUCUUUUAAAUUUAAAAUUGUAUUUGUCAGUGUAAACAAGAAUAGACCUACAACAUUAUGCUAGCGCUAAGAAAAUCCUUCUACCAAUAAUGUUUUAAGAAUCAAGGGUUUUGUGACUAUACCUCUGACAGAUACAAAGUGACAAUACGAUAGCUAUGACACUUCGUUAGAUGUGGUAUUUCUAGCACAAACGUCCUUUAGCGCUACCGUCGUGACAAACCGGUCACCUUUUCAACAUGAAAGCCUAUCUUUUCAUAUAUACGGUGGGCCAUCGACAUAUAUAUUUCUUAUAUCUCUGAUUUGAUAUUUGCUUAGAACAACCCAUAAGUUUUAGACAGUUUCAUAAAAACUAAAGCCGCACAUGGUUCAUUAGUUCCCCCUAUAUGAUUGUCUCAGACAGCGUGAUACAGAAAUUACGCAGAUAUGGUUCACAUGCACUCGCUUAUAGUGUAUUAUACAAGACGCUUAUAGUUAAUUCACUUCACCAGAUCAUGUGACAAAGAUCUUAUGACAGGGCAACAUGUUGAGUCUCGCAGCGUUCAAUUAUCAUGAGAGCAACAUGUAUAACACACAGGUGCAGACUCAAGUGCAGGGCUAUGUCGCGCACACCUCAGUAUCACUGGUAACUACACAUGUAUACAGCUCAUUACAUGUAGGCCUAUAUACGGCAGUAUUGCUGCAACACGUUAAAAUAAGGAACACACAUUUCCUACGUCCCUUUAACAUUUGCUUUAUUAGAUGGACACAUCUUUACACAGAUUUCUUCUGUUAUAUACUGAUGUUAUAUUACAGGUUGAAAACUGAAAAGAAAAUACGAGCCCUAUAUUCCUUAAAAUGCGACAUUGGAUUUGAAAACUAGCAGUGGGAUAUGCCUUCACUUUCCAAGCUUGUGCAGUCACGUCUGAAAUGUCGCGAAAUAAAUAUAUAGAUGAAGACAAUUUACAUAAUGUUUACUUGUGUAAUACUUGCUGCUGUGUUGGAGAGCAAGUGACAAGCAAUGGUAAAGUUAGGCGUACAGGUAUUUAAAGUUACGGGCUGUGAGUUCAAGUCCAGCUCAUGCUGGCUUCCUCUCCGGCCGUACGUGGGAAGGUUUGUCAGCAACCUGCGGGUGGUCGUGGGUUUAAAAAAAAUAAAUUUAAAGUUACGGUAUCCAUUGGACCGUUUUAGAUAUACUGUUAUCUUUUUGUUUAUUUCUCAUGUGUGGGUUAUACCAUUGUUAAAAUAUAUGCUCAUGUUGAAGUAUUUUACAGUUUUUGUUAUAACUAUGUGCUGAGUUGGAUAUGUGACGAUAUUAUUGUUAA